GUUAUUUCCAUAUCUAUGUUUGAGUGACAAUGUGGGCGUCGUAGGUGAACGUUACUGUCAGCUGACCAGCAACAUCCCUGGCUGUCACAACAUACUUCAUACUGAAUCUGUCUACAUGUGGCUAUGCUAAGAAGAAGCAACCUCAUCACAUCUAUGUGAUUUCGGUGGUAUGUUUUCCAGAGCAAAACCUGCCGAAAGAGGUCUCUAUGGCGGCAGAGAUGCACCCCACACCACAGACUCGGACGCCUGUUCUGCAGAGCAAAAUCGAGGCUUUCCAAGAUGUAGUGAGCACAGCGGUAAUCAUCCCGAAGGAAGACGGGGUUAUCAGCGUUUCGGAGGACAGAACUAUCAGAAUAUGGUUGAAGAGAGACAGUGGCCAGUACUGGCCUAGUGUGUACCAGACAAUGCCAACCUCCUGUUCCUGUAUGUCCUUUAACCCAGAGACCAGGAGGCUGUCGGUGGGACUGGACACAGGAGCCGUGACUGAGUUUGUUCUAUCAGAAGACUAUAACAAGAUGACCCCAGCGAGGACGUACCAGGCCCACCAGGGCAGGGUGACGGUGGUUCUGUUUGUCCUGGAGAUGGAGUGGAUCCUUAGCAUGGGUCAGGACAAGGUCUUCACCUGGCACUGCUCUGAGAGCGGCCAACAGCUGGGCAGCUACAGGACCCCUGCCUGGGUCUCUGGUCUGCAGUUUGACGUGGAGACCAGGCAUGCGUUUGUGGGCGACCAGUCAGGUCAGGUGACCAUCCUGAAGCUGGAGCAGGACAGCUGCAGCCUGGUCACCACCUUCAAAGGACACACAGGCAGUGUGACGGCCUUGUGCUGGGACCCGGUCCAGAGGGUGCUGUUCUCCGGCAGCUCAGACCACUCCAUCAUCAUGUGGGACAUCGGGGGGCGCAAGGGCACUGCCAUCGAGCUGCAGGGCCACCAUGAGAAGGUCCAGGGGUUGUGUUACGCUCCACACACACGCCAGCUGAUCUCCUGCAGCUCUGACGGAGGCAUCGUCAUCUGGAACAUGGACGUGAACCGACAAGAGACUCCAGAGUGGCUGGACAGCGACUCGUGUCAGAAGUGUGAGCAGCCGUUCUUCUGGAACUUCAAGCAGAUGUGGGACAGCAAGAAGAUAGGCCUGCGCCAGCACCACUGCAGGAAGUGUGGGCAGGCCGUGUGUGGGAAGUGCUCCUCCAGACGCUCCACCAUCCCUCUCAUGGGUUUUGAGUUUGAGGUGCGCGUGUGUGACAGCUGCUAUGAGUCCAUCACUGAUGAGGACCGAGCGCCCACCGCCACGUUCCAUGACAGCAAGCACAGCAUCGUCUACCUACACUACGAGCCCACCAGCGGCUGCCUGCUGACCUCUGGGACCGACAGGGUCAUCAAGUUGUGGGACAUGACUCCUGUGGUGUCCUGAAACACGACCAGGCAGGCUGGAGCUAGAACCUUCCGCUCACCAUGAAUCACCUCAUCGAGAGAGAGAGAGAGAGAGAAAGAGAGAGAGGGGGGGAGAGAGAGAGAGGAGCUUGGACACCUACAUAGCUGGGCAGCUUAUUCAAGCUUCUAGGAGCCUCCCUAACAACAACUGAUCAACACUGACUGAACAGAGUCGGAGUCUGCUGGCGUCACGGUGUGAGUCAUGAUAUGGACCGUUCUGUGGUGGUGGCCAGGGGGGGGGGGUGUACUGUUAUUGUCUGCUAGUAUCUUACCACCUGUUCUCUCACAUUUGGUGUCAUUUUGCAUAUCAUAUAUUAACGUGUCUCGCGGUAAACCAACCUUUCUAAAUCAAAUUUUUAUCCAAACAAAUAGUUGGACAUUUGUUGUGCACUUCGGAUCUCUUGUCUUUAUUGAUAAUGUCUCAAAUCUGAAUGAAAGGGAAACUAGCAUAUCCUGAUGACCACUAGUUUGUCUUAAAAGCAUUGAAGAGUCAUAUGGAAGAGUCAUAUGGAAGUGCCUUUUCCUCUUUGGUCCCAUACGACCACAGAGGAUAAAACACACUCAUUAGCUACAGAGUUAUUUCAAAAUGUGGAUAUUGAUUCCAACUAUUUAUUUGAAUAAAAUCAUACUUCUGAUUUUGGAUUGACAUAUACAUAGUUAUGUACUUCAAUGGUGAUUCUACAGUGUGGAUGUUAGGUUGUUAUCCGCUGUACUCUGGGCCAACCACUAGAGAGCAGUGUCUCUGUGUAUCCAGUUUGUUUUUGGGUUAGUGCCAGCUGGCAGAUAGUGGUAUGAAACUGUAAUAAAGGUUACAGUUGACCACACUGGUAAAAAAUAAAAUAUAGUUUCAAAUUCCAGAUUGAAUGCAAAUCAUGUGGAAAAAGUUAGAUUAUUAUUAGCUAGAUUUUGUAUUAUUUUGAUUCAUAGUUUGAAAAUAAUUUGGUUACUCCCUUUUCCUCUACCGUCGACUUCUUUACGAAGGACACAUGGAAAUUUACGUUGGUCCUUGAACGUCAAUUAUCACAGUUUGAAUUCUCAAAGGACAAAAUCAUAUCUAUGCACUUUUUAUCGUUCAACACUUAUUUUGUUGUGUACAAAUGCAGCGUAGACAUACUUACUUUUAAUGGUUUUGAUUGCAUCGUGUGUUUGCAAAUGCUUUUUACUGUGUAGAUAUCAUAGCAGGUGUCUGAAAUGUGUUGAAUGACCUUAUUUAUUGCUGAUAUCUUAGCCUCAGUGUAUGGUGGUUAAUCAUAAUUUAUUGUGUACUGAACAAAUCAAGAUAAUCAUCGAUUUGAGGGUGUGUUAAGAAGAGAAUUAAAGUGAAUUGUGUUUUACACAUUUCAUAGUCUUUGAAUUUGUAGCAUAGAAGAAAAAAAAACUCCAAAAUGAAUGGCCAUGUGGAGAAUAUCUAAUCUAGGUUCUGUUGUUCCCUAGAGCUUGUUCUUCUGGAACCUGGGUUCCCCCAGCAGAUCCACUGUUGGGGAACAUUUCUGUUGUGCAACAUGUUUUGUUUCUGACCACACUGACCCUGUUUGUUGCACAAGUAACAGGGCGUGUGUGUCUUCAAAAGUGUGCCCGGAGCAUUUUUCCUUGUCGUCUUAAAAAUGCUUUACUGAGUUUUAUGUUUUUAUUACCAUUAUUUUUAGUCUUCCUCAAAACUGUACUGGUUUAAUAGUUGACUAUCAUGGAUUAUAUAACAAGGCGGUCCUCAUUCCAACUUCAGCCUAACUGAGUAUAUAGUGUACCUGUAUGAACAGAUAAUCCAAUAAUGAUGUCUGAUAUAUUCACACAGACAAUAUCAAGAUCGGCUAACAUUAGACAAUGGUCUAAGUCUCUUUUCUUGAACACUGCUGGUAUGAUUUAAAAACAGCUGAUAUUUAUCAAGCAUGUUCCCUUUGUGGUCUGGUCACUUGUCUGUCCCUCCUUGAACUGUCUUGGUCACUGCUACUAUGCCUGCUGGUCCAGCCUCUAUGUGCUGUAUCAUAGGGGAACCCAGGCUCAAUCUAUACUGAGGCUACGAGUCUCCCAACAACACAGACUGUAUCAAGCUGUUGUAGUAAAGAUCCUUCCUGAACCCUGCAUGUCUUCUCCUGGUCACAGAGCUUGUUGUGCCCAUGUCAUUCCAUUAACUGUAUUGCUGCUGUUGAAUGAUU